GCGGAAGUUGCUCCUUUCCUCUCCUCUCUUGUAGCCAAAGCCGGCGAGGCAAGUUACACCGGUCCAUUAUUUAAGCGAAUAUCCAACGACGACGUCGAGCUCCGGAUCCGUGCCACGCGCCUAGAAUAUCUGCCUGCAGAACGUGCUCCGAUUUCGGUUUCCGAGCCGGGAGACGACGCGCCCUGACGCUGCUGGCAGUUGGCACCGAGGUCCAAGGGAUACGGGCACGCUUUGUCUAUAUCGCGCGGCGAAGUUGUACGGAGGAACGCGAAUCACGAUGGCGGCAGCGGUAGAUUACCAGAACCAGGCGCAAGACGACAUGCAGGAUCAACCAGGGAAAGGGCAUCCCAACGAUUCUCAUAAUCAGGAUCAUGGCCAUCAGCAGCACCAUCACCAGCAACAGCACUCGUCCUCGCAACCGGGCCAACAACAGGCGACCGCCGGGAUCCCCGGCAAGGACGACGAGCGUAAGCUCUUUGUUGGCGGGCUGUCCCGCAGCACCACCGACAAGGAUCUCCGCGAUCACUUCGGCAAGUUUGGCGAAAUCGAGAGCAUCUCGGUCAAGGUCGAUCCCCACACCGGCAUUUCGCGCGGUUUCGCCUUCAUGGUGUUCACCAAUCCAAAGACCAUCGACAAGCUACUCGCAUCCGGCGAGCAUUAUAUCAAUAAACGCAAGGUAGACCCAAAGCGAGUCAGUAAAAAACCUCAACACGGUAAAAUCUUCGUGGGUGGUCUUACUCCCGAUAUUACCGACGACGACAUUAAGAACUACUUCGGCCAAUACGGUACCAUUGUCGAGCUGCAGGCGCCUUUUGACAAAGUUAAGAAUCAGCGUAAAGGUUUUUGCUUUAUUACGUUCGAUUCGAAAGAAGUCGUGUACAAGUUGUUGAAGACGCCUAAGCAGACGAUUAAUGGUAAGGAAGUAGACGUCAAGAAAGUGAAGGUUAAUCCGGAUCCAAGAAAUCAGGGCUUCUGGGCGCCUGGUUACGGCUACGGAUACGGCGGCGGUUACGGCUACAUCCCCGAGUACAACGGUUAUCAUAGCGGCUACGAUGACAUGUACGCGAACUACGAUUACGCUGGUUAUGAUGGCUACGACAAUAUGGGAUAUGGUCCCAAACCGCGAGGUAACGGUCCGGGACCGCGUCAAUUUCAGAGACAUCAACCGUAUUGAGAAAGAGUGUGAGGGAGAGAAAGAGAGAGAGAGAAAGAAAAGUGUGCGUGCGUGUGUGAAAGUAAGAGAGAGAGAAAAAAAAAGUACAACCGAGAGCUAAAUCUCUUGGUUAUAUAUUAAAACAUUUGAUGAUUACGAGUAGAACCUUUUAUUAUAGGUGGAACGUUUCGUCUAUCAAACCGAGACUGAAUCCGGGAUUAUGGGGGGGGAGAGAAAAAGAUUUAAAAAAAUGGAAAAGCCUCACCCCAAAUACCCCGAAUUUAGUACGUUAUGAAGGAUGCUUUCGCAAGUAAUGGCUUAAUAAUGGAUAUUAACAGUAACAAUUAAGAGUAACAAUAUUAAUAUCUUCGUUCAACAAGUGUUGAGCAAAAAGUCGUUCUCCAAAAAAAAAAAAAAAACCAGUGUUUCAGAAUUGAGGACCGAAAUGUAAAACGGAUCGACCGCACGUUAAAUUUUUCUCUGUAGUAUCUCAUCAAUUUCAAACUGAUUAAUUUAAAUAAUAGCAAUUUAAAUUAAUUCUAGUUUUAAUUUAAUUGGCAAUUCAAUAAACUUGCUAAGCAAGAUUCCUGAAGUCGGAUCCAGAACAAGAUAACGAGUCUGCUCGUUAAAGCGUUAAUGACCCUGUGUACUAUUCUGUAAAAAAACAUAUGUUUUGCUCUUUGUAUCGUGUUAUACUUUUUACACUUGAAGUGAAAAAGUUAUGCUGUAUGUAUAUGAUGUAUGUGUAUAAUGAAAGGAAAACGAGCGAAUGCCUUCAAAAAAAGAAAGAAAUUAGAAUUAGAAGGAGCGAACCUACAGACAUUUUGAUCAAUAAAAUAUCUAUUAAUUGUCAUUUUCAAAAUUGUGCUUUUUACCAUGUCGAUAAUUUCUUAUCGUGUGAAAUAUGUUUUUCCUAUAUGAGAUACAAGCUUGACAAUGUGAGAAUUAUAUAAAACGGCACGAAACAUUUUUUUUUUGCGCAGAACCAGUAGCAAUUAUUAAUAAUUUUAAUGCCAUUCGACUUUUUUCUACUUGUAAUAGUAAAGUCUAUGUAAAAAUGGCAAACAAACGAACGAACUUGCUUUAUAUUGCGCGUGAAUAUUAACUAAUAUUGGAUUUGUUUUCUAUUGUGCACUGACUGCACUAGUUUGAGAAGUGUACAUAUACAUUGAAGCGUAAGAAACGUAUAACACGAGACUCACGCUUUAGUAUAUGUACAGUUCUUGAACUACCGCAGCCAGUGCAGCAAUAGAAAACAGAUAUAGUGUGAUCGUGACUUUAGUUAAGUGAAGUAGACCAGCAAGUCCUGAAAUAUGAUUUGAUCUAGAUCUAUUUGUCUUAUAUUCCUAAUUUGCUAUUAACAUGUAUAUCCAUCGUAUUGGAUUAUCCAGAAAGUUUAUGCCACAUCUUUAGAAGUAUUCGCUGGAAGACCCAACAAAUUUUGACAAGAUGAAAUUUUCAUAAUUUUUCUUAUAGGCCGGUAUUCGUAGUUCGUUCCUAUAUUUAAGUACAAUCUUAAAAUGUUACAAAUCGAUUACAGCCGUGUUAGCAUCUCAGGACAUUACUUAAGACGGUCUUGAGAUAAGAAUGGACUACGAAUACGGAUCUUAGAUACAGAAACAAAAGUAUAUAUAUAAAUACGUUUGCUAUUUUUUUUAUUGGCACAAACUUUUCGGAAAAUUCAAUACCUUAAUAUCCUACUUUAGUGAUCCUUUAUACGUUAAAAAUUUGAGUUUUAUUAUUCAAAUAUUACUUUCCUAUAGCUUACAGUUGUAUCUCAGACUACGUUUGCAAUUUAAUGUGUGUAAUAAUUCAAAUUGUUAGACAAUCUUAAUUUUUACAAUCGCAGUCUAAUUAUAUGAUCAAAAAAAGCGGAUUAAUCCACGAAAGAGAAAAUACAGUCUAAUCUGAGUCUGACGCGUCUUUUGAGACUGGAUGAAAUGACAAUUACAUUUAUAGUAUACUCACGAGUCAUAAUGAUUGCAAAAGAAAGUAUCGUAUCGUACAUCAUUUGAAAAAGAAAAAGAAUCAUCGAUUUCUGAGCUUGCUUGAAGCGCUUUUUUUUCAACGCCCUACGUUUGAAAGCGCAAGUUAAUAGUAUUCGGUCUUCUUCUCACGUCCACGUUCAUCUUCUCUUCGCAAUCACAAGCUCUCGCUUUAUUGGAAAUGGCAAAAAAGGAGUGGUUAACAUUCAAGGACCAAGGCCUUAGAUCAAAAUCGAUUUCUCUGCUUAGCGUUAGUAAAUAAUUCUCAUAAUUAGUAAAUAAUAACAUAAUGUACUCUAUCCUUUGAUUUUGAUUAGUAAUGUAAUGAUGAACAUCUUAUGGCUGCAAGAUUUAUAUGUACAUAUCGUAUAUAUAUGCGUGCAUGCGCGCAUUAUACAUAGUAUGCGUGUACGCAUGCACGUACGUGUAUGUGUAUAUAUGUACGUGCGUUUAAUGGAUACGAAACAUGCGGAAACGAGAUAAAAAUUAAUAUUUAGAGCAAAAAAGUAAAAAAAAAAAUUAUAUAAUGAAAAUAUACACGUGAAGUACGCGCGCGAGCGACGAGUCCAACUUGUAACUUCCUGCUGUCGACGAAAUAGCACAUUUAGUAGUAACGAGAGAAAAGAAAAACGGGAGAACCUUGCCGGUAUAAUCAUAGUUUACACAAUAUUUAACGCAGCAUCGUGUCAUAACUAUCGAUAUCCUAAAUGUAUCAUAAAAUGUAUAUCGCCCGUAAUUAAUUGUCUGGCAGUUUGUCUCUAAUAACGUAAGACGGAUAAAAUCUGUCUUGAAACAAAGUUCUAUUCACUUGCGUGUCGUCUGUGUACGGUCUGCGUAUCUCAGUCUGUACUGAAAAAUAUGGAAAAAAAAUGCAAAAAAAAAAAAAAUAAGAAUAGAAUAGGAUAGAUGUAUGCGAGGAUGAUCACCGCUGGAGAUAAUUAAUAACGAGAGUGACAAAGGCUUCCCUAAACUGAUCCAGGUGACCAGUAAACGUUUAAGGCGCGCGAAAUGACCGGGGAUGAUAAAACGAGUUAUAAACCAUUUCUUUCACACACUUCUGUGUCGGGCAGUUCCCGUUCGCCGUGUAAAGACUGCUCUUCAUAUCGCGAAAAGACUGUUAACACAAGCGAUGAAUACAGGCACUAGGAAAAUCUUGAGAAACAGUUGAUAGAACUUGCGGUUUCGAAACCACGCGAAAUUGAGAGGAUUAACUGAUUAACGUAUAAUUGUAAAGAAUGUAGAUAAGGUACACAAUGGGACUACAUUUAGGUACAUCGAAAUUAUUACAAUCGAAAUAUUAUAACGAGGCCGACGAAGCUACAUUCAAAAGAAAA